AUGAAACAAGUGUCAUGGCUUCUUUUCAUUUCCAUUCUACUCUUUUCCACGAUACCACUCAUCUUCUCCUCUCUCAUAGAAAAUUCACAACUCGUUGUUCUCGCUGCUACAUGUUACGGAUACUCCUCCACGGAUCUUGCCAAUGUGUGUGGAGGACAUGGUCUAUGCAAAGCCACUGAUACGUGUGAAUGUUUGGACAUUUAUUCGACCAAUUCACUUCGAAUCACUGGUUCUGUUGUUCUCACACAAGGCAAUGAUUUAGUGUCGACCAAUGGUCGAUACAAAACUUCCAUGCAAGCCGAUGGUAAUUUGGUGAUAUACGACACACAAACAAGUCAAGCCAAAUGGGCUUCUGGUACGGUCGGUUCUUCACAACCCUAUUCUUUGGUGUUGGAAUCGAAUGGAGCUUUGAAAAUUUAUGGAAAUGGUGCAGUGAUAUCGACCCUAGCAUCAAGCUGCUCAGCAACUCCAGCCACAUUGGUUCAACAAAACGAUGGUAAUCUAGUGUUGUAUGGGCCAGGACAUGAAGUGUGUUGGACACCAAAUACCUAUGAUGGAGGAUCCAAUGUUUAUAUUUGGUCAGGAUCCACUUGUUCCAUUACCACGUGUUAUGGCACUGCUUCCAAUGUAGCAAGUGUUUGUAGUGGUCAUGGUUCAUGCAAUUACAAAGAUGUCUGUUCCUGUAAUUCAGGAUAUAGUGGCUCACAAUGUCAAACCUAUUAUUGUAAUGGCAUUGUUUAUAAUGGUGCUAGUGUGUGCAGUGGACAUGGAUCUUGUAAUUCUCCUGACAGCUGUUCAUGUCAAUCUGGAUAUUCUGGAUCAAAUUGUGAAACUUAUUACUGCAAUGGAACAUUAUACAACUCGCCUGAAGUUUGUAAUUCUCGUGGUACUUGCACUGCAACAGAAACAUGCACUUGUUCUACGAAUUAUGGAGGACCACAAUGUCAAUAUCCUAAAUGCUUUGGAAUUUUACAAACCAUGACUGGAAGUGUUUGCAGUGGUCAUGGAACAUGCAAUGAUGUGGAUACUUGUGCGUGUGAUUCGAAUUGGGGUGGACCAAGCUGUUCCUUACCCAUGUGCUUUGGAAUUUUACAAAAUAAGACCAGUGAAGUUUGUAGUGGACAUGGAAUAUGUACCGAUGUCGAUACUUGUGCGUGUGAUUCGAAUUGGGGUGGUCUGAUUGUUCCAUCCCAAAAUGUUUUGGAAUUUUGCAGAAUAUGA